AGCAGAGAUGCGCUUUGAGGCUCGCAUAUUUCCCCCGGAAAGGGUAGUUUCGUCAUUUUCACAGAUAACGGGGGUGUUUUCGCCUUUUCCGUUCCUUCCCGCGCUUCUGCGCUUCGCUCCGUUCUCUGGUCAGGUCUGCACAUGUACGACCGGGACGGCAGACCUACAAGUGCCUGCAUUUCUCCCUCUUCGAUUCCUUCUCAAAGGAAAACCCUAGAAAUUUCUCGGUCUCGACAGCUCUUCCUCAUCAGUUCAAAGCAGUCAACUGCACGUGCUUUGGAUGAUGAGUGGAUUAAGUCACCAUGAGACUUCUAUGCAGUCCAUACCAUCAGUUUCUGGGGGUCUGAGUGCCAAGGAAGCAUCGUUUCAUGAACUACCGAGAGAUGCUUCAAUGCACCCUAUCCUCAUGGUAGCUGAGAGGAACGGAGAUAGUUCUGCAAUGCAUUUGCUUUCCUCAACUGGGAUUUGUCAGCAUCAAGUCUCUGACAAUCAUGUUAAUUUGCUUUCUGCAAGUCCAAGGAUGCUGUGUGCUGUUCCUGCUUGGCACAUGCAAGGGGGUGUUAGUUUACUGCUUGCUAGCACAGAAACUGGAAAAGGCAUCUCUCAGGUUGGAACUGGUGAAAUAUAUGGGAGUUCAGGAAUUCAGACUGAUUCUGAGCUGAAACAACUGUAUAACUCUGCUAUGUUGUCUCCUGAUAAGAGUGCUUCCAAUGUAAUGCACAUGCUUGAUCUCAAUACAAGUGAAGCUGCAGAAAGUUCCUCAAGAGUUUUGAGCCGUGAACAAAAUGACAUGCUAUGUGGAGUAGAUCUAAAAAUACCAGUGAAUCUCGCUUCAUGUAAGCACCUGUCAAAUGGAGAACACUGUACUGUUUCUCAGUCUCAUUCUGCUGCAACUGUUACAACACCAGCUUUCGAUUCAAAAUUUCAUGGUGCACUAUCUAGAUGUGAAGCAACUGCUCAACAUGCUAUGUGUAAUCAGAUCCGCAAAGCAAGGAUUUCUAAAGGAGUGAAAGAACUGGAAGAACUUGUCCCAAAUUCUGGAAAGGGUAGUGGAGAAUCUGUGCUGGAUGAUGUUAUUGAAUAUGUCAAGUUCUUGAAACUUCAAGUUCUGCUCUUGAGUCAAAGUAGAUUGGGCAGUGAAGCAACACCUAAUCCUUUCAUUCAUCUUGAGGCAUUGCAGGGUUAUGGCCACUACCUGAUCCAUGAGCAGAUGGUGGGGGAGCCUCUCGAAGAAAUAAUAGGGCAGCUGAUGGAGAAGAACACACCAGUGGCAAACCAACUUUUAGAGAGGAAGGGCCUGUAUGUCAUCCCCAUGGCCUUGGCACAUGACGCCCUCCAAACCGAUUAGAUGCUGUUUCUCUCAACAGCCAAAAGCUUGGAUUCUCGACUAAACAAAUGGAUUUCUUUCUUGGUUACUCAAAACUAUGCCAACGUUUUGAACUUUGCUCUCAUACCACCCCAGACUGAAACUGGUAGCUGGCGAAGUGGAAGUCGAGGCUUUUGACUACUGAGCAUUUUUGGGUGAUUCGAAAGGUAAAGGAAUUUCGGUCAUUUUAUUUUUUAUUAAACAGAUGUUGGGUGGCUCGAUGCAACAAAUACUGAAAUGAUAUAUAGCAUUUGUGAAUAAUUCGAUUUUGGAUUGGUUGAUAUCACAUAUACAUACACUACAUUUCAGUAGUGGA